GGCUUUUGUGUAAUAUCAGUACUCCUAAAAGAAAACCCUCAGAACUCAGUCCAUCUCCAGUUCUCCACUCUCUCUGCGCACGCCGUGUGCUCCUUCCCUUCUAGCUCCGGACCUCCGGUUAUCUCCCUCAUCAUCUUCUUACAACUUCUCUUUUGUCCAUCCUCAAGAUUGCUCCUGACACUACAAGCUCAAGCAUUCUACAAUUCAAAGAACCAGAACAAAUCAUUCAACAGAUGGGAAUGUUGGCAAAUUGUCAAAGAUUGCCCUAAAUACAAAAUUGUGGCAACCAGUCCAGAAGUUGUCAUGCACGGUAUGGAUCUACAUAGUUCUCCAGAAUUAGAUAUGGCCGAACAAGAAGCCGACACAUUUGAAGACACGGAAGGGACGCCUGAACAAGUGUCCGAGACCCAACCGACUCGUCAGUCCCUCAAGCCUCAAGGUAAAAAAGCAUCAAAGAAAAAAGGUAGUUCUUCCAAAAAUGACUACACUAAAUAUAUGGAGGAACUUACUCGCCAAGGUGAACUGAACAUGGCACGGGAAAAGGCUAGAGAUGAGGAAAAAGUUGCUGCUAUGACAGCAAUAAUAGCAGCUACUAGGGCCCGUGAUGUGGCGACUGAGAGACAAAGAGAAAUAGUUAAUCGAGAGAACGAGCUGGUUAGAGAAGCACUUCAUCGAGAAAAUGAAAUGCUUAGAGAAGAAAGGAUGGCUCAAGCAGAUCGUGACACUAUGAGCAAGUCUCUAAUAGGACUGUCUCCGAAUUCUAAAUAUUUUUGGACAUCGGAAAAAAAAGAUGUCAUGCGAAGGAGGCGUGCAAGAGAUGUGGAAACAAGUCAAGGGGGUUCUAGCUACACAAAUCAUGGCAUCCAAGAUCCUAGCACCACAUAUCCUAACUCGAGAGACUUUGUAUAAUUUUUAUUUAAUUUCUUAUGUAAUUUUUAUGUUUUUUCUAUUUUUUUUUAACUUUAUUUAAUUUCUUAUGUAAUUUUUAU